UCCAAAAUACGCGAAACAGUAUUGAGUGUAUAACAGAAGCGUCUCAUACGUCUUCAAAUCGACGCCAAACGUUGGCGUGCAGUUAUCGCGAGGAAGAAAUUCAUGAGAAGAACAAACGCUGCCGUCAGAACAAUCGGCAGCAUGUUUCUGACAAAACGUGUACGGUUGCACGCAGAAUCGAUGCGCACGGCAGGAAUGUAUACGAACACCAUGUACACAAGCAGUAUAAUCGGCAACGAUACGGGCACGUAGCAAUGAAAGAAAUCGUUACCACACCUGUGAUGUCGAUCCCCCGCGCGCGAUCCUGGCCACUGCUGGACACGACAGGCAAACGAAACUGUGCGAUUUCCGUUAACAACUCGUCUCUGAAGAAGAAAAAUCGUCCGGUGGGAACCACUAACGGCAUAGACAAAAGCAACAUCGCGACUCUUCAACCCGAAAGCAACCCACAGGUGCAAGCAAAACGACUACUGUAUCGACACUACUACCCUGAGGGAGGAUGGGGUUGGAUAGUCACUUUCGUCGGCACUCUUGUACAUAUUCUGGGACCGGGCUUGCAAUUUUCUAUUCCGGCCACUAUCGCAUUGCCUGCUAAGGUCAAAUUCUACCAUCACCCAUGGCACACAGCUGGAUGGUUGGGGGCGAUGUCGACGGGAGUCGCCCUGCUCGUGUCGCCGGUUACAAUAGCGUUUUGCCGAAAAAAAAGUACAAGAGUAACAGCAGUUUUGGGCGGUCUCGUUACCGCCCUCGGCUGCCUUUUCACUUCCUUCGCCUCGCAAUUUCAUCAAUUGUUCUUCAGCUACGGCACCGUCGUUGGGAUUGGGGUUGGAAUGACACGAGACUGUAGUACGCUGAUGGUAGCUCAAUAUUUCAAGAGGAAGAGAGAAUUGGUUGAAAUUUUUAUCGUCUCAGGAAGCGGCUUAGGUAUAGCAGUUAUGUCUGCUUUUAUAAAAGGAGCAAUCACUAAAAUCGGAUGGCGACUUGGCCUUCAAGCUGUCACGGGGGUGGUCUUUCUCACAUUUAUUCUUGGCACUUUUUACCGUAGCGCUUCACUGUAUCAUCCUCAACGAAGAGCAAUUUUACACUUGAAAAAUCAAAAACGCAAGAUAAAGGACAAAAACAAAGCCACCGACAAACCACCGUUUUUCGAUUUUAGCACUUUGAAAAGUAAAACGGUGCGGAUUCUUUUGGUAUCUACCAGUAUUUCGGCAUUCGGAAUCAAUACGCCAAUAUUUUAUCUGGCGCAUCAAGCGGAAGAAGAAGGUCUUGGUGAUACUGUCGUCCUACUACAGGCUUAUCUCGGGUUAGCUUGGACUCUUGGCUGCGUAGCUUUUGGACUUCUAGUCGUUCAUCGCAACGUUGAAUGCAGGAUAGCCCGCCAAUAUCUUACACAAGCAGCUGUCUUUGUGUGCGGACUUUGCAUUCUCGCUCUUACUGCCGUUCAAGGAAAUUAUCACGGAUAUGUUAUGUUCGCGUGGAUUUACGGCAUCUUCUGCGGCGGCUAUCAUUACAGUCUGAAGAUGUAUACAUACGAAAGAGUAAGAGCGCGGAACUUUGCCAGAACGUGGGGUUUUGUUCAAUGUUCUCAAGCGAUACCAAUUGCAAUCGGAGUACCAAUAUCAGGAUACAUAAAUGUGGGUUGUGGUGGUAAGGCUGGCUACUACUUCAGCUCGACAUGUGUUCUGGUUGGCAGUUUUACACUCUUCUUCAUCGAUUUACAUAGAAGAAAUUUAUCAAGACAUAAACACACCAGAGCUAAUGGUAAAAAACAUAUAUGCUCCUCGGUUAGUUGUCCUCAACGACGAAGAUUAUCGUUCAGUCAAGAACCUAAAAACGAGGGAACUCACCUAGCUGCUGCUGGAGCAGCUGGAACGACAGCUGCAGCACUCAUUCUAGGGGCCGAUAUUGCUCCAGUACAAGGUGAAGGGAUAGACGCUUUAGGAAUAGAUAAACCGGAACUCACGUGUAUCUCGGAGGAAGGUAUCGCCGACAUGGAUUUACCUGAUAAUUUACUGGAAGAUUUCGAUUAUAUAGGCGAUUGUAUAACUUCGUGCAACAAGGUCGAGAACUACCUUAUGCUCUCGGAAUUCGAGAACAAUCUGAUUGCUGAGAUGCCAAUUAUUAUGGAUCGUUGUGGACGCAGAUGGUCCCUGGGCCGAUCCAAGACAAAUCAAUCCAAUUGCGGUCAGAUUAGUAGCGUUCAAUCAACAACUAAUGAGCAAGAUGUCAAACCGAAAUGGCGUUUCAUGAAUGUACCAUCUAAUACUAACACUAGAACGAUUACUGUUAUUGACGAAGCUAGUACAUAAUUGUGAGGAUGGAACAUUAAUCUUACCCUUAUGAAAAAAUGCUACUGGAUUCGCAAAAAAAACAAUUAAAAAUAAUUAGAAAAAACUAUUCAAAUACAAUAUUCAAUAUCAUUUGUUCCAAUUUCUCACUUAUCCAAUAGUUUUAUCCAUGACAGUAAACAAGAGAUUAGAAAAAUAAUUAUAUAUGUGUGAAUGAAGAAUGUAAAGAU